UUAUUUUUAUUUUACAUCAAACUUAUUUUAUCUGUUUCGAUAAUCAAAUCAUUUCAUCAAUCUUUAACGAAAUGUUCAAAUUCGCUGUUGUUAUCUUCGCCUUCAUUGCCUGUGCUGCUGCUAAACCCGGUUUGAUUGGUGCUCCUUUGGCAUAUGCUGCACCUGCCGCUGUAGUUGCUGCCCCUGCUGGUGUUGUUACUGCUACCAGUAGCCAAGUUAUUGCUCGUAACUACAAUGGUAUUGCCACAGCUCCCGUAGUUGCUUCAGUAGCUGCCCCUGUUGUUGCCAAGACUGUUGCUUACAGUGCUCCUGUUGCUGCUGCUUAUACCACUCCUGUUGUAGCCAAAUACGCUGCUGCUUACUCUCAUCCUUUGGCUUACUCUGCUCCAGUUGUAGCUAAAUAUGCUGCUGCCUACACUCAUCCCUUGACCUACUCCGCCCCUGUUGUUGCUAAAUACGCUGCCGCUUACUCUCAUCCUUUGGCCUAUUCUGCACCUUUGACUUAUGCUGCUGCCCCAGCUCCAGUUUUGUUUUAAAAAACUGUCUUGUAAUUCUUAGCAGCAAAUGACAUUUUGUUAAUUUUUUUUGUAAAAUAUAAAAAUUAAUUUAUUUAAAAAC